AUGGCGAGAAAAACAUUAAUCAUCGGAGGCGGCGUGACAGGUGCGACGUUAGCGCGACUGCUUCAUGAAGCCAAAUUGGAAGCUCGGUACACACCAAAUGUGAUUGUAUGGGAUCGUAACAGCAUUCUUGGUGGGCGAGUUAUGGCCAGAUCAUUUGAGAAGCAACGAGACGCUUAUGUGGAUAUGGGGGCACAGUAUUGGACUCCACAGUCGAAUAGCAAUGAAGACAUUCGUCAAAAACUGACUCAAAGUGGCCAUUUGGUGUCUUUUGCUGAAAAUGAGAUCAAUCAGGAUCCAUAUCAAGGAAGUGUCAAGAGUCACUUGGUUUGCCCUAACAAGAAAGGAUUUCGAUCAAUGGUGGAGAAUUUGCUAGAGCAGACGGAGACGAGACUAUCGACGCACUUGGAGAGUUUUAAAGUGAUUGAUGAAGAUCACAUUCAAGUGACGACAAGCAAAGGCAAAGAGGAAAUUGUAAACGAGUUGGUAUUGACGUGUCCCAUUCCGAAUGUUCUGUCAAUACUCAAGAAAAGCACGACAUUUCGCGUUGCACCAAACUUGAUGCAUGCAUUGGAAAGUGUGGAGUACUCGCAGCGCUUUGCUGCAGCCUACAUCUUCGACGAUACCGCGACUUUGGCAGUGCAAGAGUUGGGAUGGACUGCCAAGUUCGUCCCCCGUGACGAAAGCGACAUCAUCCGUUUUGUGUGCUGGGACCACCUCAAGAAGAAGGCAGGUGACCAUUCGUCGCCUACUUUAAUUGUGCACACGUCGGUGUCCUUUGGGACCACGUUCAUGGACGACACUCGUCCCAACGAUGAGAUUCUUGCUAUCAUCACCAAGUCAUUGCGAAAGCUGUUACCUUCACUCCCUACUGAGUACGACGCACGUCUGCAUCGUUGGCGAAUUUCUCAAGUGACUGAGCCGUACCACAAUCCAAGCAUGACCGAGGAUGAGGAGGACCCUUUGCCUGCUCUUUUUCUCAACUUGAAGCCACGCAUCAUCGUGGCUGGUGACAGUUUUCUUGGUUCAAAGCUUGACAAUUGCCUCAUAUCUGCUAAAGUUGCUGCAAAUCUUCUUCAAGAAAAAGACAGCAGUUUACUGUAA